GUGACGUCUUGACUCUGCUCUCCUGCAUGCGGGCUGAAUCUGAUCGCAUCACAUUCCAGAGAGAGCUGUAAGAUGUGACCUCCUCUCCGCUGCGCUGUGCGGUACUUUAUGUUUCCUAAAAACACGUCUUCACGUCGUUAUUUAAAGGAUUUUAAAGGAUUAAAAUGUCCAACUUGAAGGAGUCCAACUCUUGUCCUGACGGCUACAGGGCUUUAAAUACAAGUGAGCUGAGAGAUCUUCUACAAAACGACGACAAAAUGGACCAAAUCCUCGGACUCAAUGAGAAGUUUCAGGAGCUCCAAGUGGACAGGGAGAUGCUGCAGGCGACCAAUCGGAGCUUGGCCGAGGAGAGCCUCGCCCGACGACCCCGCCUCUGUAACGGCAAACUCCAACUGGCGGAGAAAUACCGGGAGCUGUCCAACCUGGCAACCACAUGCUGGGAAAAACAGAGUCGGCUUGAGCCUCACGUCGAGAAGCACAGCCUGCAGACGGCGCAGAACCUCCUGCAGGAAGAGGUGGCGCGUGCUGAGGAGCAUUCAGAGGAGCUGCUGGAGAAGUUCAUGGAGGGAAACGUGAGCCUGGAUGAGUUCCUGGAUGAGUUCCAAAGCUCAAGGAAGACGUAUCAUAUCCGCCGGGCUCAGGCGGAGAAGAUGCAGGAGGUCGCGCAGGCCAAGCGGCAGCCGAGCAAAAGCAAGAGGGCGGAGGAGAGCAAGGAGGUGAAGAAGGACUCGGAGCUGCCUCAGGAGCCUCAGCGGCCCAACGGCUUCGUAGCGCAGGGACCUCUUAGAGUGUUCCAGGUACGCUACGGCCUCACGCCGGCCAUCCUCCUCCCUCAUUACCCAGUGUCUCCCCCUGCCUCGGCUCCAGGCCAUCCGAGUUGCACCCCCUCACCUGAACCCCAGCUGGGACAGACCCACAUCCUCAGCCCCAGCAACCCUCACGGCGGACACGGCCAGCCUGUCGGCCUCAGGGUCAUCGGACAGUUGCCGGGCGGCUGGCCGGCUAACGGGCGGCCGGUGAGAAUGCAGCAGCUUUACAGGCCGAACCCUCAACAGCCCGAACCGCCGUACCGAUAAGCUCGAUGAGUGAGGAUGAAAAGCCGGUUUGAGAGGUCUUCCGAGACAUGGAACCAAACAGUGGCUGUCACAAUCAUGUAAGCAAAGACUGACCCAGAGACCGGCAGCACUGCAGACGUCCGUUUCUGUUCUCCAUCCAUGACACACACAUGUAACCAGAGCAGAGACAGCGAGACGGCAGGUGACAGGACUCAGAGGGACGACUAGGGAUGGGCUCCGAUAGCCGGACUCGCUAAGCUCCGACGCUAACGAAUCUCUUAUCAAACCUCUUAUCUCUCAUUAUUGUCUUUAAUUUAUACAGAAAACAUUUAGGAGAAGCGGCUGAUUUGUGUGUUUGCCAUUUGAGCAACGUCGCCAUUACUGCGAUAGCAGAGUGAAGCACAAUUACACCGAGAGUGGAGGCAGAGAUAUUUGAGUUAAUCACCCUCCGUCAAGUUAUUCUGAAAUUAAUUAUGACACAGAUUUGAGGGAAAAAUAACAUUAACAUGCCGCUUCUGUCCGAGUAGCUAAUUGAACCCAGCACAAAUGACUAAAUUUCAUGAUUUAAAAUCAUCAAACUUCAUUUCUUCCAUUGUAAACAAAAGAAAUGCAUCAUUUAAUAAAAAUCGGAAACAUAAGAGAGUUCCGAGCUAACGAGAAAUAUGAGGGGUGGUUAGCGGCGCACCGUCAGCCUCCCAUUAAUUGACGGUGCUCAGAAUACAAUAGAUACAUGAAGAUUUAAUAAUAAUGGAGAUUUAGGAGUAGUGUCUUUUGGCUCUAACUAAAGAACUAAAUACAGUUAAAAGUUUAUCAUGUGAGGGAUAAUGUACAGCGAGCCGGCCUUCAGGGUUAUGCAAGACCCCUCAGCAUCGCGUUGGGUUGCCGCAUCACCCUGUCAGGGUUUAUUUCACAACAAUGACCCGCUAGCUGUACAUUAUCCCGCUUAUUACACAGCUACUCACUGAAGAAAUCAAUAAUUUAACACAAAAUGGUCCUCCGGAGUCCAAGAUCAG